ACACAUCGCCUUCUCAGUGUAAGAUUAAUUAUUUAUGACUGUUUGGCUUUUGAUACAUAUAUUUUAAGUCAUAAAUUUAUAUUAUACUUCAUUACGCUCCGGUGUGUUGACGUAACGGUCACGUGAUUACAGGUAAACGAUGACAGCUGAUUGUGCAUUAUUGUUCAUGAUCGCAAUAUUGUCAACAUGUGGUCUGUUGAAUGAAGAUUGUGCGAAUCGCUGUUGUGUAAUUUACUUCUCUGUCGGAAGGUAAUUUUUAUUUCAAAGUUUGUUAAAUGACAUGGAUUUAGUACAUCGAUAGACUUCAGUGUCCGCGUGCUGAGCUACCAUGCCAGGUGUGAGAUCGGGUAGCAUGCUGAACAAAAAACCAAUAUUCAGCUCGGAGUCUGAUUUUCAGGGUAUAAAUAACAAAACGAAUGGAUUAAAAACCGAGGUGAGAUCAGAAAACGAAGCUACAUUGCGCAAUGGCCACGCCCGUGGUGUAUAUGGUGUGUCUGAACGUUGCGAGUCCCAGUCGGCGAUGAAUUGGAAAGACAGGGAGAGAAAAUACACCAAGAUAGGAAAAAAUGGAUACAACACGAAGGAGCUGGCGGAACAGCUAAGAUAUCUCUCUGUUGAUUCCGAUUCACCAAAUAAAGUCAGCAGUGGUUGUUGUGAGGCCACUGUGGUGAGGGCUAAUACAUAUGCUGGGAGGAGGGACGUCUCAGAUCCCAGUACUCUCCAGGAGAAGCAGAUCGUCAGCUCCCGGGGGACAGUCCGCGGGUUCAAGAACCGUGUCCGUGCCGGGAUCGCUACCUUCCUUCAGAACCAAGCCGAUGAGACCUUGCGAAAUUACAAGCACCGUGAAAAAGGCAAAAUCAUCAUUUACACUACAAGUAUGGCCAUUGUGAGGUCAACUAAUGAACGGUGCAAAAACGUCAAGAAAAUGCUUCAGACACACAUGGUCCGAUACGAGGAAAAAGAUUUGUUCAUGAGCAGGGAAAAUCAAAAAGAGUUGAUGGAAAGGCUCAACACAAAUGAAAUAAUCCUACCACAAGUCUUUGCAGAUGGAGCCUCUCUAGGGACACUAGAAAAUUUAGAGAAACUCAACGAGAGCGGAGAAUUACGUCAUAUCCUUGCCAACUUUACUAAAAUUGAUGUGAAGUCUUCAUGUGAAAAAUGUGGUGGAUAUCGAUUUAUUCCAUGUAACUUUUGCCAUGGGAGCAAAAAGUCACUCCGUCGGAACCAUUUCACGGAUGAAUUUUGCGCGCUUCGGUGCAUGCAGUGUGACGAAAACGGACUGCUCCGAUGUGAUUUGUGCAUGGACCAGCAAGAAUGACAUCAACACAGCUAUAUAUUAAAGCCCGCCAUAGUAUUGCUGUCUUUUCUUUGCCAAAGAUUUGUUAUACUUAAUGAGUUUAGCUAUUUUUGUACACAUAUAUAUGAAUAUCAGUUAAGAAAUGUGACAAUUAAGACUGGAUAUAACUUGCCCCAUUUGCCAUUGAAAGGACUGAUUUACGAUCCCCCCCCCCAAUUUAUUCACUUUUAAUGAUCAAUUUCUACUAUCUCUAACUAAUUUAAUGGUUUGAAAGGUUUCACGAAAUAAUUAAAGAUUAUACAUUAUGACAGAAGCUCGUUAUAGAUAGUUGAUUAUUUGCUAUGUAAUCAAAGAUUGAGGCAUGCUAUUGUUUACAAUGUUUUGAAAAUGGGGCAUUUUCUAAGUUUAAAUUACAAAAUUAACAUUUCAUUAGUUUAUAGAUAAGGCUCGAGUCUUGUUUACAUAACACGGAGUUGAGGCUAAAAUAUUGCUCUUAUCCUAGCAUUAAGAAGAUCAAAAUUUUGGUCGUCAACUUUAUAUGAGUUGUAUUUCUAAUGUUUAACAUGGAAAAUGAAAAAAAUAUUUGUAAAUAAAAAACAUCAUCCGUGAAGCAGUCCCUUUAAAAUCCUCAAAUCGAUAAUGUUCAGAUGUUUAAUGCAUAUUAUAAUAAACAAUGCAGCAUACAAAACAGACUAGGCUAAGGGUCACAUGAUUGAUUACAAUCUAAUGUGACAUUUUAUGAAGUGAACCAUUUUUAAAAUAACAAAUGACAGAGGUGCAUCACAGCUGAUGGUAAACUCCGUAUUUGACCCCAUUUAUUGACCCGUUAUUAUGUAAAUGUUCAUACUUUACCUGUAUUCAAGCAUGUUAUUGUUAUUUUAGAGUUUAUAUCUGUUUGAAAGCAUGAAUGCAUAUUGUGCCAUCUGGAUAAGAAACUUUUCAAUUAUGUCAAUCAUAAAAGAAUUGUUGGACAUCAAUAUUAUUAAGAAGAUUGAUAUUGCCUGUAAAAUUCCUCUCCAUAUUAAGCCUGACGUCAUCGUUCCACUCAUUACUGCAUAUUUUUGUGUUUGUUUCUAGAAAUGUCUUGAUCUGCAAAUUACUUAAAACAGUGACAAAUGUGUGUGUUCUACAAAUUUACGUUUUCCUGUUGAUACAUGUGAUUGUUCUAGUCGCCUGUCUGUGCAAUGACUGAUUAAGUUUUAAAUGAAAUAAAUCAAUGAAAUAUU